GCCAGCCAAGAUCCAGGCCAGCUCCCGGCCGGUCGCAAACGAGGGCCGAUAGUUUGACGAGCGUCGUGCUAUCGAGGACGUCUGCUAUCAAGGACCUCGGCUUAGGAGGGUAUAAGGACGACGCACCUUUGCAUGACGGUGGAUGACUGCCAUAAUCAGUGUGGCCUGAUGAUAAGAGCUUGCUGGCAAGCGCGCUGCGGAAUGCGCCUGGCAGUUCUAAUCGGACAUCAACAUUGUUGCCAGACAAUAUAAGGACGACACAUCUUCGCAUGACGGCAGCUGAUGACCAUAAUCGGUGUGGGCUAAAGAUAAUUAAAAGAGCUUGGCGGCAAGCGCACUGUUGAAUGCGCCUGGGCAGUUCUAUUCAGACAUCAGCAUUGUCGCCAGGUCGGGAAGACCGACGCGACGUCCAUCAUGGCAUCUGACGGCGAACGCUAUGCAUUCGUUGCCCAUUGGUUGGAUCCUCACUCAUCCAUCAUCUGGAAGUACCAGCUCAUGUUCUUCACUGCAGACAACUCAAUUGCAAUGUAUGAUAUCAAGAACAAGCGGUCCUUUCUGAAGCGAACUCCCUACCCGUCGAUUCGUCCCGAGGACCUUUACAUCGGGGCCACGGUCACGGUCUAUUCCAGGCAGCUCAAAGUUGUGGGGUACGACGAUGAGUACACGAAAAAGCGGCUCGAACACAUACAAAUGACGUUCGCUCUGAUCAAGCCGGACGGAGUCGAAAAGUUUGGGGAACUUUUGACAGAGAUUUACAAGCAUGGGUUUGUGCUGAAAAGACUGAAAAUGUGCACCAUGUCGCCGUCCGAGGCGCGGGAAUUCUACAAGCCUCAUUCACAGGAACCAAUCUUUGAGGAAAUGGUGCUGGCCUUGUGCAGCGGGGAGGUCAUUGGAAUGGAGAUCAUCGGCGACGAUGCCACCGCCAGGUGGCUGAAGCUCAUUGGGCCACGGGACCCAGGGAUAGCAAACCUCGAAGCUCCAAACUCGUUACGCGCCCGAUUUGGACGCGACAAGAUCAACAAUGCUCUAUAUGGUGCAGACUCCAAGGAAGAUAUGGAAAGGCUAAGGACAUUGUUUUUUGAGACCCCUGGGUUUGGCAAAUGCCCUGCUCUUCAAAAGGACAGUACGCUGUGCAUCAUCAAGCCGCAUGCUGUUCUCGCCGGGAUUGCAGGAGAGAUUAUUCAACACAUAAUGCAGAGCUUCAACAUCUCCGGGAUGGAGUCCUUUAAUAUAAGCCAUGUCGACGCAGCAGAAUUCUGCGAAGUGUACAGAGGUGUCGUCCCGGAAUAUACGCUUAUGGUACAGGAGCUGUCUAGCGGACCCUUAAUUGGGAUUGUGGUCUCCGGAGUGAAGAAUCCAGUGGCCUCUUCCGAUUGCGAAGGGACAACGGAGGCCCCUCCAAAGACGAUAGUCGGCAUCUUUCGGGAUUUCUGUGGGCCAGCAGACUCCGAGAUCGCCAAGAUUGUCAGACCGAAGACAUUGCGUGCUAUGUUUGGUAUUGACAAGGUUAAAAAUGCCGUCCAUUGCACAGAUCUAGAUGAAGACGGUCUGCUGGAAUGCCAGUUUUUCUUCAAAACACACCCAAAGAAAUGAAGCAAGCACUGCAUCUGCAAGCCAGAAGACAACAGUUUGCUUCUGUCCUUUGUGUUUUAUAACUUUUCUUUUUCCCUUUUUUUUUGUUUUUCAAUUCUGGUCUUUCCGCUCAUGGGACCCAACAAUUCUCCCUCGCAAUUCCCCCCUCCUCUCCGCCCCCUCCUCCCACAGGUAGUCCUACCGUAGCGUCUCCUCUCCUUCCCCCUGCGACUGGCUCUAUGCACCUUCUUGCAGCCACCCCAUCAGUUCACCCAGUAGCUGGGCAGUGUUUUUUUCUGAGCACUUUCUGAUCUGGCCUUCAUCCGUGCAUGCACGGAAUCGAACCGGCACCCUUAGCCGAAAGAGCCAAGUCUUUUAACUUUUAAGUUUUAACCAG